AUGAAAAAGGUAUAACCAGGAAGAACAUGGACUAAAUAAGAGGAUAAUCAAUUACUUUAGGGAGUGGAAAUAUAUGGAAGGGAUUGGGAUAAGAUUGCAAAAGUGAUGAAUAUCAAAUCUAAACCAUUGUUAGAAGAAAGAUAUAAAAACCUAAUAAAUCAGAAACCUAAACCUAUUUGGGAAUUAAAUGAAGAUAUUUUGUUGUUACAAAUGGUUGAUAAGCUGGGUAAAGAUUGGGAAAUGGUGUAGAAAGUUGUUAAAACAAAAGACAUAGCUUCAUGUAAAAGAAGGUUUGCCAAAAUUAGAGAUUCUUGUUUAAAUUUAGAAGGAGAGGAUAAAGACUUAGUGCUUCUAAAUUAGUAUUGGUAUAAGGAAGAUGAAGAAUUGUUACUUUUUUUAUAUGAACUAUAUAACGGAGAUUGGAGUGAAAUAUUUAAGAGAAUACCUGAAAGAUAUCCUAAAUACAUUUAGGAUUAGUUUAAAUAAAAAGGCUUAGCAAAUCAAUUGCAUAAAUGGAACAAUGAAAAAGAUGCAAGGUUGUUAGCAUAUGCAUUUUAUGGAAUACCACUGAGCAACUUUGAAUAAGAAACAGGGUUCUCAGUUCCAUAGUGUGAAGAAAGACUAAAGAAAUUGCUGUAUAAAAUUUCGAAAUCUUUACAAUAACCAAAAAAGACAAAAGAAUAAUAAUAAUUUGAUGAAAUUAUGUAAUUUAAUGAAACAAGAAGGAAACCAAAUAGGUCAACUGAGACUAAUUCUAUGAAUCAAAUAGACAAUCAAUAAUUAAAUUAUUAUUCUGAAUUUUAGGCUGCUUUAAAUCAGUCUAAAUCUCAGAAACAAAAUUCAGUUUAUAAUAAAAUGGCACAAAAACUAGAAUUAGAAACCGAAUACUAAAAUGAUGACGAUUUUGGAAUAGUAUUAGAUGAAGAUUUUGUAAGUGAUUGA